AUGUCACCCUCCCCUAGCGGCGUUGCUUCCUUGCGGGCUCGAUUCGAACAGAACCAACAAGACAAGGACAAUUCACCACCUUCUCGAGGCAGGUCGCCCGCCGCGAGUGUAAAUAGCGAGCACAACCGCCCUCUCAGCAAAAUACGCACAAGCUUCGUAGCCGUUGAACCCAGUGGACACAUGGCUUCCACCUUAGAUGUUCCCAAGCUUGGCCCUUCAACAUUGGAUGGAGCUCACGAGACGAUCGGGCCUGACGUGAGGAAUUCACUGGGACACCAACCAAUUCACCGUGAGAAGACUGCAGACCUUACUUCACAUGUGAAUGGAGAAACCGCAAAUCCAGGCAAACCGGUUUCUACCGCCGAGGAUCACGUGCCUAAAAUGCUAUCGAGUGAUCCCAAAGAUGAAGCUACAGUGUCUGGAGGGAAAGCACUGCCAGGAGACAAUGAAAGCCUUGGAUCCAUUUUAAAAGGUUCCCCGUUCGAAGGCGAGACCGCCCUGCAUAAGCCACCCUCUAUACCCGCACCAACCAAGCCCCAAUCUGCAAAGCAGGCCUCUGCGAGCCAGAAGUCAUCCACGGCGAAACAAAGCUCAGAUACGCGUUUACCGAACCAACUUCCACACGCCGCAGCAUCCAAACAUUCCGUAACUUUGGCGCCGACUCAAGCCUUGAAGGAACCUGUCAAGGAGCCUCCCAAGCACAAUCCUCUCGUCAAUGGCAAGCCGAAGGAGGCAACGAACACAAAGACCACAAGAAAUGGGAUCAAGAGCGCCCCUGACGCUACAGACCAUUCAGAGGCUGCAACAAAGGAGCCAGAAAAGCCGUUACCACACAGAAAGAGGGCAGAGGCAAGCUUGAAUGGACCACACGCCGUCUCGCUCUCUCCAACAGGCGCGAAGGCAUCGACUGCGAAACCCCAUCCAGGGAUUGCCUCGUCGAAGACGCAUUCGGUAUCGAAGCCCGAGCAAAACAAGCCAGCAAGGCAUCCCACGCAGACCCUACACAAGGCUGCAGAUACCGCAAAACAAGCGGUGAAGAAUCCAACUACGGCAAUCAAGUCCGCAGCCUCAAAGCCAACGAUCUUGAACACAGGAGGCCCGAAGCCUGCGAAGAAAUCAAGUCCAGCAAGCCCAUCCUUCAACAAACCUCGUCCUAAGUCACCAACAAAGCCAGCCAAACUACCGACUGCUGCCACGGCACCUACCGCCUCCUCGGCAGCUAAACAUGGUCCCGAAGCGAGUGUGCCGGCCCCACGUGUGUCCAGCAGACAAAGCAGCGCUUCGUACGUUCCAAACGGUCGUAUCGCAUCCCUUACCAAGACAUCAAAACCCGCAAGAGCUUCAUUACCACCCAAUUCCAAGCCGUACGAGAAACCAAAACCCAAGGCGAGAGCCUCUAUGGCAAGUACAGCAGUCCCAUCGGGUAACUUCCUGGAGCGCAUGAUGCGGCCAACCCAAAGCUCAGCGCAAAAGACCCAUGAGAAGGUCGAGCCAAAAUCACCUCCAAGGAAGAAUGCUAGUCAUGCGACUAGGCCGAAGAGGAAAAGCUCUGAAUCGACCGAUACCAAGUCCGACGGUAAGGCUUCGAAAGAUGAGAUCAUGGAGAUAGGAGAAGAGCCGUUAGCGGAGGUCCCAGAGGAAGGAUCGAAUGUUGAGCCUACACAAGCGCCGCCAGCAAUUGCUACUGCGACAGGGGCGGCACAGGAGGUCACCAGAGGAAUUGAAAAUACUGAGCCAGCAUCACAGGCACUCGAGGCUUAUUAA